AGAGGCGCCUAGAACUUGUUUUACGAUGAAUGUCUUGAGCGACAACAAGUCUAAAUUGGACUUAAAUUAGUUGCCGGCAAUUACUAAAGACGACAGAGUUGUUAACUAAAUACGCCUACUUAGAAAUGGUAGCAUAAUAUUUAAGUAUGCGUUUAGUUUACCAGGUUUUCGGACAAUAAGAAACACUACAAUUAAGGAUACCUGUUUACUAUUACAGGCUAUCAGAUGGAGCUUGAGAGCCAAUGGUGGAAAGGACAACUUGCUGAAGACAUAUACCACGCUCUUCGCUACAAAGAACUGAAGUUGCUUGCUUACAAAGGCCAGUCACCCCAGCUCAGCCUUAGACGCUAUUUUGCUGAUCUAAUAGCUAUCGUAAGCAACCGUUUCAGGCUUUGCCCAACCGCGAGGCACCUGGCUGUCUACCUGCUGGACCUGUUUAUGGAUCGUUAUGAUGUUUCUGUGCAACAGCUUCAUGUGGCCGCACUUUCCUGCUUGCUUUUAGCGAGUAAGUUUGAAGAGAGGGAGGACCGGGUACCAAAGCUUGAAACUCUCAACUGCUUGGGGUGCAUGAGCGCCAUGAACCUGGUUCUGACUAAACAGAACCUUCUCAACAUGGAGCUUCUUUUACUGGAAACCUUUCAGUGGAACCUUUACCUUCCUACACCAGCUCACUUCAUAGAAUAUUAUCUAUCGAUUGCUGUCCACGAAACGGACCUGCAUGACGGGUGGCCCCUGACAAGUUUGGAAAAGACUGGACUGUAUAUGGCAAAGUAUGCGGACUAUUUCUUGGAAGUUUCCCUCCAAGACCACAUCUUUCUGAACUUUGCCCCGUCGCUGGUGGCCGCCAGCUGCGUUGCUGCUUCCCGUAUUGUCCUGCGACUGUCUCCCACCUGGCCCUCCCGUUUGCAGCGUCUCACAGCCUACCUCUGGGAGCACUUAUCAGCCUGUGUGGAGCGGCUUCUCAUGGCACACGAUGGGGAUGUGAAAGAGGCCGGCAAGCAGAAGUGCCAACAGCAGAACCCACCGGUCGUGUCAGCAGUGUUCCACGGGCCAGGUCCGGUGUCUGCUGUACCAGCCGUGCCCCAGUACCUGCAUGGGGCCACGCUGCAGUACCCCCAGCAAAACUGCCAGCCCCUUUUGGCCUCUGCCCAUGGGCCUUCCUCAUACAUGUCUCAAACCAGCCUCCAGGCUGGCACCCAGCCGCAUGGGCAUCUACAACAUAUUCCUGCCAGCCUAGAAACCAAGGUUAGCAUGCCUUUCAACAGAGGCUACCAGGUUAAUGCACAUUAUAAGUGCUCUUCCCCUUGCUUUGACAGGUGAUUAAAUCAAUCUGCGCAGGAAAUGUGGGGAGGUGGGUGCAGUGUGUAUCAUUACCCUUUUCAGCUGGACUAGUGGAUGGCAAAACUAAAUUUUCAGUGAAAAUAUCCAGUGAGGGAGGGAUUCAGCCCUGUAUUAUGUAAGAUUUAUAUUUACACACUUUGUGCAAUAUAUGUACCUGGAUGUAUUUUUCUUGCUUUCUUAUUGAAUUUCUUACAGUCAUAGUAUGUAAUGAUAAACAGUAUAAAUGGACCUAAUCUAUUGUUUCUGUAACUUAAUCUACUUCAAACGACAUAUCUAAAUUGUAUCCUCAUUGUAACUGUGUUAUUACAUACUUGGCAUUUCAUUUAGAAUGGUAUUUAACCUUUAUAUAUUUAAAAGGAACAUUUCAGAAUGCAUCCUGAGGAUUACAUUGUCUAUUUUAGAAUGUGGUUGAAUACACAGGUAUUUCACAUUUCUACCUCGAAGGGAGAAGAAGCCUGUUACCAGCACCUUUUUCAUCUUCACAACAAUUUUUGCAUAAUACUUGUGUUUGGAACACUGUAAAUCAGGAGUGUGAAUUCGCCACAUUUACAUCUUCUGAGGAUUAAGAAUCUGCAGUGAGUGCUGUGCACUUUGAACGGAGAUUUUUAAAUAAAGUGCAACUUCUCAGUUGUAUGCUUUUAA